AUGGUGAAGUUAAGAGAUAAUAUUCAAAACUUUCAACGAGUGGAUAGUGAACCAAUUCAUGAGACAUGGUUGAGGUUUAGGAAGUUAUUGCUCCUAUGUCCAACUCAUUUACUCCCAAGUAAUGUGUUGUUACAAUAUUUCUACCGGAGCCUCGACUCAGUCAACAAAAGUUUGGAUGGCCAGCUUGCUCGAGGAGGAAUCACGCAACAAAUGUUUGAUAUAACAUCUACUCUUCUUGAUGAGAUGACAAAAAUCAAUCAUGCUUGGUACACUAGACAAGAUCAAGUGUCCCUGUUAAACUUUGGGAUGACAAAAGAGCAAGUGGAGAAGAACCAAGAGCUAGAUGAAAAUAUGGCCAAGAUGAUGUCCCAGAAGGAGUUAUUAACACAACAGGUCAUGGGGGGUAUUCAUGACAACAAAGAGGCACAAGGUGGAAGGAGCCGACGAAAUGCUGAAAGAAAUGAAGGCGACUUCUCAUCCUUGAAUAAUAAAGUAAACUCGCACUCAAAUUCUAUCAAGCAACUUGAAUAUCAAAUGAGUCAACUUUUAGUCAAAUUCGAAUCUAAGCCACAAGAGAAGUAUGCAGCUAAUAUGAUGAUGAAUUCAAAGGUUAAUCAUGAUAAAUUAUCGGUUGUCUUGACUUGGAGUGGGAAAUCAUUAGGAGGCAAUGUGAAAGUUAAUGGUGAGGCAACCACUAGUAAAAAAAGAGAUGAGGCCGUUGGUUUAGAGGAAUCUAACCAUGCACCGAAAAAUGACAUACCCAAAGAGGUUGAGGAAAGUCCGAAACAACUCACCACCGAGGACUUGAAAACAUCUCAUGUUGAGGUUGCGUCAUCUUCAAAGUUGAUUAAACCAUUGCCCAAAGUCAGUCCGCCAUUCCCUCAAAGACUCAAAAUGCAGGAUGAAAAUGCAAAGUUCCAAAAAUUUCUCUCUGUAUUUAAGACUAUGUCUAUCAAUCUUCCCUUAGUGGUAGCGUUGAUGGAAAUGCCAAGCUAUGCGAAGUUCAUGAAAGAGUUAAUCACCGAGAAAAGGAGUAUGGAUUUUGAAAUGGUGGAGCUGUCGCAUAGUUGUAGUCCCAUCAUGACAAGCAAUGUGAUUAUCAAGAAAGCCGACCUGGGGGCAUUUACUAUCCCUGUACUAUUGGGAUGCUUCAGUUUGCCAAACCUUUGUUUGACUUGA